CUCGGGCUGGCGGCCACACUGAGCACCCCCCAAAAGUCAGCGAAAUUGUCAAAUUCGUUUUACUGUUGUGAAGGGUUUGUUCGAAAGCCGUGCGCUAGCUUCAAUUUUGUCGUAAGCAAAACAAAAAGGAAAUUCAACCGAAAAUGUUCGUGUCGACAGUCUCUCGCAUUGCCCCCGUUGCCAGGAGCGCCCUCCUCGCCAACUCCAAGCAGUACUUGCGACCAUUGAGCAGCGCCAUCAUCAGCCAGAGCCAGACUUUGGCGGCUCAGAACACAACCCCCGUUGCAUUGCUGCCACAGAUCAGGUCAUUCCAGACCUCGCCAGUCACGCGUGACAUUGACUCGGCCGCCAAAUUCAUUGGCGCUGGUGCCGCAACAAUCGGUGUCGCUGGAUCCGGUGCUGGUAUCGGAACAGUAUUCGGUUCCCUCAUCAUCGGCUACGCCAGGAACCCAUCGCUGAAACAGCAGCUGUUCUCCUACGCCAUUCUGGGCUUCGCCCUGUCCGAGGCCAUGGGUCUGUUCUGUUUGAUGAUGGCCUUCCUGCUGCUGUUCGCCUUCUAAGCGCGCCUGCUGCACAUCGAUUGCUCGUCCUUGUUUCCUGCGAUCGGGCGCGUGCGCCAGUCGCAUGCGAACGAGAAUAGCAACCAAACAACACUUCAAACAAACAACAACAACAACCAGAACAAGCAACACCUACGUUCGUUUUCGAUUAUUAAUGAUAAAAUGAUUGAUUGAUUGAUUGAUAGCAAACAAGAACAUCCUGUACCACUAUCUAAUUAUAAAUACCAACAACAACCACAUAAUACAAGUAAUUUUGUUUUUAAAAAACAUGCGAGCGAGGAGAAGACCACACCUACUUUAAGUUGAACAACCGAAAUAUGAGGAGGAGGAGGAUUGGAUUCAAUCGGAUUGGACUAGCCCACGCCCACGCCCACACCCAGACGACAGACAUUAAAAUUAGAUUUUAAUUGAAGCAAGCUUCCGGCUCACCGAAAACCCAACACAAUCGAUUCACCGGACGAAGUCCAACCAUCCUCGUGCACUCUGCCCAUCCGGCGGAGGAUCUCCAUGAGCGCCCACCAAGGCUCUCUCUCUCCCCGAAGUUCUUGGACAUGCGACGGGCAUCUCGUGGAGAUCACCUCUGCGACUAACAUCUCUGAUGGGCGAGUGUGUGGGCGUGGCUGGGCGGAGAUGCGGUGGAUCGUUGGGUUCAACGACUUUUCGAUUUUAUUGUGGCGCGUACUGAAAGUCUACGUUUUUUCAAGUAUUUUGUAUUCGAAAAAAUCAGUUUCUUUAUGUAAACGCUGUUUUUGUUCAUUGCCACUUAAUAUUAUAUGAAGGAACUUGUACUAAGAGUAGUUGCAAACGAAAUGAGCCGAAGAGCGCAGCUGAAACCUGAAAUAAAGGAGAUGUGAAUGUGUAAUGGAA